GCAAAUCCGCCAUACGCGACGAGUUGAACCAACUUCAACUUUUUGCGUUGCGGUAACUGCGUCGACCAAUCACAGAGGCUUUUCUUCGUUUCGCGUCAACAGAGACAGUUGGAGGAUCCCUAGAGACAGUCUGACACUACUGUUUCGCACAAGCGGCACAUUCGUAAAUAACGCACAAGGAAGAACGAGCAUAUUAUAAAAACUAUCAAAGUGCACAUGGAUCCUAGUUCUUCAGUGACAAUGAAUGCAUGUUCAUAUUGGACCUCAGAAAGAACGAGGGAGGUUAUUUCAAUUGUGCGCAGUAAUAUUGGUUUAUAUGCCAAGGGCUCACGUAUGUUCAAAAAUAAACAAGCAAAAGAUUUAGCUUGGCAAAGUGUUGGUGCAUUGCUAGUUCCUCCUUGUUCAGGAGAUAUGGUUGCAAAACGUUUUAAGAGUUUGAGAGAUACCUUUCAAAAAGAAAGAAAGAAAGUUCUUGCUAAUAUUCCCUCAUCAGGAGCAGGUGUACAAGAUGGAAAUACGAGAUAUGAGUCAACAUGGGAAUACUAUAAAGAUUUAUUGUUCCUUUCAGAACACAUUAACAGUAGAACGACAAUAAGUAAUUAUUCAGGACACUCUGACAGUGAAUCUGUCUGUCCUGAAACACAAUCAGAUGACAGUCAGUUUUGGACAAAUGAAACAGAUUCCUGUACAAACGUUUUAAAAAGGAAAGCAAGCCAGCCGCUUAUUUUCAUGGAAAUGACAGAAGAAAAUGAAAGUGCAAUACCUGAAAAUAUUGUUUAUAAGGAUACUUUGUCUGUCUCUUUGCAAUGCACAUCCUCCUCAGGUGACAACGAGUCAUUACUCAGCGACGAAUCAAAUAAAAAUUCUUGUGUUUCACCAGCUGUACUAAAAUCAUCAAUGUGGCGAAAAAGGAGAAAAAUGAAGAUGUUCUCAAAAGUUGUAUACAGCAACUUUCAAAAAGUGCAGCAGAAGUCGCAGCAAAGAUAA